AUGCAACGUGACGAAACUAAUGGAGAAGCCUCCUGGAGACUACCGCAAGCCUCAAGUAGGUCUGUAAGUGGUAGCUUCAUUACUCCUGAUAGGGACGUGGAAAAUGAACCUGCCAAGAGCGAGAGCAUAGGCCCAGGAACAGAUUCUGAUCCAGAAGCACAAAGUAGGUUCUUGGUUGAUUUUGAAGACGAUGAUCCUCAAAAACCUCUCAACUGGAACUUAAAGAAAAAAGUGUACCACACCAUGAUCUAUGGUAUAGCUACCUUGGCAGCUCAAUUCAACUCUACUACUACCGCACCUUCAGUUUCACACUUGGCGGAGUACUUUCAUGUGAGCGUAGAAAAGGCUCUAUUAUGCACAACUUUGUAUGUGGUGGGCGUUGCUUUUGGACCAAUGUUCUUCGCACCUCUCUCGGAGAUGUACGGGAGGAAAACAGGUGUUUUUGUACCACUAUUUGUAUCAAUGGCAUUCACUUUGGGUUCUGCUAGGUGCGAGGACUAUCCAAGCCUUCUCGUCACGAGGUUUUUUGCUGGCUUCUUUGGUGGGAGUCCGGUUGUAUCGUCUGGUGGAGUUCUUGCAGAUAUCUGGCCGAUAAGUAUAAGGGCGGUUGCUUUAGUAUUUUAUGCGAUGUUCGUUGUGUGUGGUGUAACGGUAGGGCCGGUCAUAUCUGCUUUGUUAACAUACCAAGUUGGCUCAGAUGAAUGGCGGUGGCCACUGUGGUUUAUCUGCAUAGCACAAGGUGUUAUCCUAAUAGUAGCUGCUUUGACGGUUUCUGAAUCGUACGCAGGAGUUCUACUGGCAAGAAAAGCUAAACAAAUUCGAAUGGAAUCUGGCAAUUGGGCAUACCAUGCUAAACACGAAGAAUGGAAUCUGGACUUCAAGGAAUACAUGAGUGUUCACCUUGUAAGGCCGUUCGCAAUGCUUGCCACUCCAAUUGUCUUUGCUCUCGCUUUGUUUGCUAGCUACGUGUUCGGUAUUUUAUAUCUGAUCGUAACGUCGUUACCGUUGUCCUUCGAAUUGACAAGAGGUUGGAAAGGUACUGUAAGCAAUGUUCCCACUCUCAGCAUGCUGAUUGGAGUUUUGAUCGGCGGUGCUGUCAACGUUUGGGGAGGCUUAAGAUAUAAAAAAUUGCUUGCAAAACAUAAUGGUGUCUCAAUUCCAGAAGAGCGGUUUCCACCUAUGAUGAUGUUUGGAUGGUUGAUGCCUGCUGGAAUGUUCAUAUUCGCGUGGACUUCAGAAGCCCGAAUCCAUUGGAUCGCACCGUGCAUUGGUAUUUCAGUCAUGUCCGUUGGGUUUUUUGUUAUUUUUCAAGGCUGCCUCAAUUAUUUGGUAGAUUCAUUCACGAAGUAUGCAGCUUCUGCUAUCGCUGCCAAUACAUUUUUGAGAUCAAUAUUAGGCGGAGUUUUCCCACUCUUUGGACACGCUCUAUUUCAGAAUCUAGGAGUUCAGUGGGGUGCUUCAACUGUUGCAUUUAUUGCCCUUGCAAUGAUCCCAAUACCCUUCGUAUUCUACUAUUUUGGAUCAAAAAUUCGCUCGAGGAAUCCAUACAUCAAACGAGUUGCUUGA